AUGUUUUCAGAAGAGAAAAUCAAGGCCAUUACAUCCAUACCAAUCAGUGCCAGAGGCAGGGAGGAUAGACUUACUUGGCACCUGACAAACAAUGGCCUAUAUUCUGUAAAGAGUGGAUACCACCACCAAAAGCAACUAGAGGCAGAAGAACUGGGGGAGAAUUCACAAAAAUGGUUGGAAAUAGGGAUGUGGAAAAGGCUAUGGUCAAUGAAAGUGGCUCCUACAGUCAAGCAUUUCAUAUGGAGAGCAUGCAAAGAAGCAUUACCUACCCUAGCCAAUUUGAAAAGUAUAAUAACUGAAGAUAGUAAAUGCCCUAUUUGCAAGCUAGAGCCCGAAACAUCUGGUCAUGCACUAUGGGUUUGUACUACAGCAAAGGAUGUGUGGAACCAGGGAUGUAUCAAGACCCAAAAGAUGUCUUUCCAAAAUGACCUAUUUCUCAAUGUGUGGUCAAAGCUAAACCAAAAGCUGGAUAAAUAUGAACUCGAGGAGUGUGCUGUCAUGAUGAGAGGCAUAUGGUCCAGGAGAGAUGAUCUCAUGCAUGGUAAGGGUUUUAAACAUCCAAAUAACAUUAUACAAGGAGCCAAAGCAGAUGUCCUUAGCUACAAAGAUGCAAACGGCUCCCAAAGGGAUCACCAACAGCAUGAUCACCAGAAAGUCCUGUCAUGGAAGAAGCAACUAGAGGAACAUACAAGGUCAACUGGGAUGUAG